UUUUUUUUUUUGUUCUUUAAAGGUCUUGAAAGUUUAAUAUCGUAUGGAAUUUCCCCUAAAAAAUUUUUUGGAAAAACUUGUUGAGCGAAAGAAUUUCGAAGAGUUUUUUUUUUUUUUGAAAGUAACGCAGUUGUUUUUCUUUUGUUUCUCUGUAAUAACCUUUUCUUCAUUAGGCUAGCGGUUAAAGCAGCCAUAAAGAUAAUAAAAGAAAUUUCUUGGCACAUGUGCCAAAAGGGCUAAAAAUAAUAGUGACAUCCGGAAAAAUAAUCUGUUUCUUUGGCGCUGGAUUGCAUUCUUCCCUUCCCGAAAAUGGCUUUGUAGAACGCCACACGAUAUAGAUUUUUUUUUUUCUUUUGGCACAAGGUAGCCUCCUUUCCUUUUUUUUCUUCGGAGCGAUUGAGAUCCCGAGUCCUUAACCAGAGAAUAGAAGAUUUUAAAAAUAAAAGAAAGAUCCUUUGGGUGCUUUUUACUGUCAAAGUACCAACAUGAAGAGGACAGGCUGCCGGAAGACUAAAUAUAGCCCUUUCCCUUGAUCGGAACAAUGUUCCUUCGUAGGUCAUUGAGUCAAUUCGACUAAUGGAGGAAAUUCCAUUAACCUGUCUGUCGUCCCCAAGACAUGCAGACAAAUGGCUUUUAGAAAUUAAAAACCAAAACAAAAGGUGUAAUUUAUGCUACGCCUGUGCAUUCUCAUAUUUAGAGAAUCCGCAUCAUUUAAAUUUAAGAAAAAAGUACGUACUAUCAAUUCUUCAAAAUAUUCUGCAAACAUCGCCUGAAAUCAUCGUUGAUAUUGUCAAUGAAGAUGAACUGAUUUCAUUCCAUAACAUCGAAGUCAUGUUAAGUUUAAUCAAAAGUAGUGACUCCAAAAUCAUAACCUUAGCUGGAGAGUGUCUUCUCCUUUUCUUAAGUCAUAUGAAAAAAGAAAAGUUUGGACUGGCUGUGGCGCAAAGUCUGACUGUUGAGGUGGAAGAAUGUGAAGACUAUGAGCAAAGGUUUUCUCAUUUCGUUUUUCUUGGUCGAAUUUUUGGAUUGUUUCCUGAAUUUGUUCCAACUAUUUUAAACGAACAUGACAAAUUGCUUCCCAUUUUAGCGAAUGGAAUGACAUAUCCUUCUGAAGAUGUUAAGUCGGCUGUUAUAUUUUUAGCUCUUCAAAUUUUCUCCACAGAAUUUUCCCACAAGAGUCAAAUCCUAAGUAUCUCGGAUCCUUUGUUUUCCAGAGGAAUACUUUCAGCAUUGAAAAGCUCUCAAAGCAAAGCUAUGAUGAUUAAUUCUUUAGGUAUAUUCAGUCGCUUUCAAUUAUGAUUUACAAACAUUGUUUACGACUUUUUCAAUUUAUUCAUUUGUUUGUUUUUGACUUAGCUAUUAUUUCAUAGCUAACC